GAGUUAUUCAUUUCAAAUCCUUGGAUGGUCUCAAAUAAUAAGCAAACUUUCGAGGGGAAUGAAAGUGGUGAGCGCAGAGUUAAUAGAAUUCCAAUUAUGCAAUCUAGACAGAAACAUAAUGAUCCAAAACAAGCGCCUCUUAGAAAUUUGAGAACAGGGGUGUGGCCCAACGACUACGAGUUGUACUUUGAACGUUUCUUUCGAAAAGUGGUAAGAAAUUAACGAGUCUCUUACUAUGAUGUAAAAAUGUGUACUGUUUCUAACUAUUUGCAGUUGCUAAAUUGCGAUUACUAUUCAGUACCAAGUAUUUGAAUAUCACGUUUUCUUUAACCUUUCACUGAUGUGUAUUAUAAAUGCACGAGCUAGGUACGCGAGGAGGUGGAACGUAGAAUCCAAGAUUACUUACCUGCAAGGGCAUGGUAUGAUCAGAUUGGUGGUGAUACGUCCAGAGCAUCGCCCUUUGAGUUGCGUUUCACUAAUAAAUUGCCUGAUAUAAUUUUUACCCACUCUAACGUGAUAUCAGAGGAUAAAACACCCAUUCAAAUUGCUCUCUUUGAUGUCAGAGACCAGUCAGUGGUUAAUGUUGGUCCCCUCUCCUCUGCAAAGGUAGAAAUCUGUGCCCUCAAUGGCGAGUUCGGUUUCAAUGGAAGUGAGGAUUGGACCGAAGGUGAAUUCAAUGUGAAUAUCUUGCGUGAGAGAGAUGGCCGAAGACCAUUGUUGAAUGGAGAUAGACUUAUAACAUUGAAAAACGGAGUAGGUUGUAUCGAUAAAGUUAUGUUCACGGAUAAUUCACGGUGGAUUCGAAGCAGAAAGUUUAGGUUGGGAGCCAAAGUUAUCCAAACAACUUCUAAUGAAGCUAACAUUAAGGAAGGUAGAAGCGAACCUUUUGUGGUCAAAGAUUACAGAGGAGAAUCGUACAAGAAACACCACCCUCCUUCCCUGAACGAUGACGUUUGGCGAUUAAAGCAAAUUGCCAAAGAUGGAAAAAUUCACAAGAGGCUGUCCCUCCAGGGAAUUCACACCGUGAAGGACCUUUUGCGGUUAUACACAACAAAUCCAUCUUCAUUACUUGAGAAGGUUGGCAACAUUCCAAAGAGAUCAUGGAUGUCAAUUAUUGAACAUGUCAAGACUUGUGUGAUAGAUGACGACGAGACUUUUGUAUACAACACAGCGGAGCAAUCGACGAGUUUGAUUUUCAAUUCCAUCUAUGUCCUUGUGGGUGUGAGUUUUGAUGGGCAAAAUUAUGUAUCCCCUGAUACUCUUAGCUCCGAUGAAAAGGGUGUGGUGGAAAUAAUGAAACAGCAUGCUUACCAAAAUAUGGAUAAUCUCAUAUCAGUUCACAAGACAUCACUGAGCUGCUCAACACCAUUGGCAUGUGUAGGAGUGAGACAGUUUGAUGCUACAGAGCAAGGUUUUCAACAGUUACAUAUCUCUACUGAACAAGAAGGUUAUGGUCACCCGUAUGCCUCAACUUCAUAUGGGGAUGAAGGCCUUCCUAAUCACAAUAUCUACUCUGAUCCGAAUUCAGUGCCAGACAUAACAGACAAAAUGUGUCUAUUAGAGUAUGUAGGCUUUGGUUGGUUUCCAUAGACAAAAUGUGUCCAUAUUUAUGUUUAUGUUUGUGGAAGUUACUAGACUUGAUUGCGAGUGCAGUGAAGAGAUCCUGAACAUGGGUCCUCGCGCUCUCACAGCAUAAAAAAUCACAUGUACAAUUUGUGGUAAAAUUAGU